UCCAGCUGUUUCUUGCUAACAAUGCACUCAGACAGUAUAGAGGGAAUUUACGACACAUUAAAGCAGUGCGCCCUGAUUUCCAAAUCAGCGGGGGGCAUCGGACUCAAUGUUCACUGUAUCAGAUCUACAGGGAGCUACAUAGCUGGGACCAACGGGACCUCUAAUGGUUUACUUCCCAUGCUGAGGGUUUAUAACAACACAGCUAGAUAUGUAGAUCAAGGCGGAAACAAGAGACCGGGAGCCUUUGCGAUCUACCUGGAGCCCUGGCAUGCCGACAUCUUCAUGUUCCUGGACUGUAAGAAGAACACGGGUAAAGAGGAACAGAGAGCCAGGGACCUGUUCUACGCUCUGUGGAUCCCGGACCUCUUCAUGGAGCGGGUAGAGAAGAACGAGGACUGGACCCUAAUGGACCCCCACGAGUGUCCGGGGCUCCACGAUUGCUGGGGGGAAGAGUUUGAAAGUUUAUACCAGAAAUAUGAAAAAGAAGGGAAGGGAAGGAAAACCAUCAAAGCCCAGCAGCUGUGGUAUGCCAUCAUCGAGGCUCAGACGGAGACGGGGACCCCCUACAUGUUAUACAAGGACCACUGUAACCGGAAGUCCAAUCAACAGAACCUGGGGACCAUCAAAUGUAGCAAUCUGUGUACGGAGAUCGUGGAGUACAGCAGCCCCGACGAGGUUGCAGUGUGUAACUUGGCAUCCAUCGCCCUCAACAUGUAUGUGAAGCCAGACAAAACGUAUGACUUUGACAAGUUAAAGAGUGUUACCAAAGUGAUUGUCAGAAACCUGAACAAAAUUAUUGAUGUCAACUACUACCCUGUACCAGAGGCUAAGCGGUCUAACAUGAGACACCGUCCCAUUGGUAUCGGAGUACAGGGUCUAGCUGAUGCCUUUAUUCUGAUGCGGUUCCCAUUCGAGAGUGAGGAAGCACAGCUGCUCAACAAACACAUUUUUGAGACAAUUUACUAUGCAGCUUUGGAGGCUAGUUGUGAGUUAGCAGAACGUGAUGGUCCGUAUGAAACAUACCCAGGGAGUCCAGUCAGCAAAGGGAUUUUACAGCCAGACAUGUGGGGCGUCACACCUACAAAUCUUCAGGACUGGGAUUCACUGCGACAAAAAAUUAAAAAACACGGUGUUAGGAACAGUUUGUUGUUGGCCCCAAUGCCGACAGCUUCUACAGCCCAGAUUCUGGGGAACAAUGAAUCUAUAGAGGCCUACACCAGCAACAUUUACUCCAGGAGGGUUCUGUCAGGGGAAUUCCAGGUUGUGAACCAGCAUCUGAUGAAGGAUUUAACGGAGCGAGGUUUGUGGGACGAUGACAUGAAGAACAAAAUCAUUGCCUACUCUGGGUCUAUACAGAAUAUCGAGGUGAUUCCAGAGGAAAUCCGAAAAUUGUACAAGACAGUGUGGGAGAUUUCCCAGAAGACUGUGCUCAAGAUGGCAGCAGACAGGGGAGCCUUUAUAGAUCAGAGUCAGUCCCUCAAUAUCCACAUCGCGGAGCCAAACUACGGCAAACUGACUAGCAUGCACUUCUACGCCUGGAAAUUAGGAUUGAAGACAGGAAUGUACUACUUAAGAACGAGACCUGCAGCUUCUGCCAUACAGUUCACUGUAGACAAAACGAAGCUAAAACAGCCGACAGGAAAAUCAGCCGCAGAGGAUAAAGUAGAGGAAACAACGAAAAACAUGGAGGCCAUGGUGUGCUCUCUGAAGAACAAAGACGACUGUCUGAUGUGUGGCUCUUAGGAGUCCACUGUCUGUAAACAUUUAUAUAGGAUGUGAAGAACUGUACUGCCAAAAACCAUCUGUACUUAACUAUACUGCUAACAAUCUCUACUAUUGGCAUAUAUAUAGAAUAUGAAGUACUGCCAAACACAAUUUGUACUUACUAUACUGCCAAAAGCAUUCUGUACUAUUGACGUCUUAUAUAGAAUCAUGGAAAGAUACAUACUGCCAAGCACAAUUUGUAGUAUCAACACUCAUGAGCUAAUUUUUAUGAAGAAAUUAUGAAAUAUAUGAACAAUAUAUUUAGAGCUGUAAAUGAACAUGUAUGUACAUGUAAUGUUAAUUGAUUUUGUCAACUGUUUUUGACAUCUGAUAUUGCUAUUUAUUUAUUAAAACCACAUGAAUUGUAA